UGCCUGGCAGGGCUGGGGCUCCCCGGCAGGCAGGGGGCCGACCGUCGCUCUCGGAAGUCAGAGCAGGGUCGCGGCGCAACUCGCAGCAGCGGCGCAACAGGAGCCUCAACUUCCUCCGCCACCGCGCCGCCCUCCCCUGCCUGGCGCCGGGAGGCUGUUUUUCCGCUCGCUGGUGCGCACGAUCCAUCCCUCCGCUUCCCUCUCCCUUUUCUGGAGUUAAAUUUGUCGGGAAACGUCACCGGCCCCAGGCCCUGCCACUCUCAAACGUCCUGCUCCUGUGCAUGAGCGCCGGAGAGCGCGGGCGGAGGAGCCCGGCAGAGGAGCGCGGCGGCCUGCGGCCACCGGCCAGGAGUCUCCCUGCACUCUGCACCCGGCGAGAGCCCGGCGCAAGGAAGCCCAGGCCACCCGCGCCCGCAGCAGGCCGCAGGAGGCACCAGGCUGGCUGUAGAAGACAGGAUGGCACAGCUAUGCCCUGCCUUCAGGUACCCACCAGCCCACACUCCGUACUAGUCCCACCGGGAGCCACCAGUCCUGUCUCCUGCCUCCGCCCUGCAGUCGGACUCCCAGUCGGCCUGUCACCAUGGCAGCCCUGAUCGCAGAGAACUUCCGUUUCCUGUCGCUCUUCUUCAAGAGCAAAGAUGUGAUGAUUUUCAACGGUCUGGUUGCACUGGGCACCGUGGGCAGCCAGGAGGUGUUCUCUGUGGUGGCCUUCCACUGUCCCUGCUCGCCGGCCCGGAACUACUUGUACGGGCUGACAGCCAUUGGCGUGCCCGCCCUGGCGCUCUUCCUCAUCGGCGUCAUCCUCAACAACCACACCUGGAACCUGGUCACCGAGUGCCAGUACCGGAGGACCAAGAACUGCUCGGCUGCCCCCAACUUCCUCCUUCUGAGCUCCAUCUUGGGUCGCGCGGCCGUGGCCCCAGUCACCUGGUCUGUCAUCUCCCUGCUGCGUGGUGAGGCCUAUGUCUGUGCUCUCAGCGAGUUCGUGGAUCCCUCCUCGCUCACAGCUGGGGAAGAGGGCUUCCCACCAGCCCAUGCCACGGAAAUCCUAGCCAGGUUCCCUUGCGGGGAGAGCCCUGCCAACCUGUCGGGCUUCCGGGAGGAGGUCAGUCGCAGGCUCAAGUAUGAGUCCCAGCUCUUUGGGUGGCUGCUCAUCGGCGUGGUGGCCAUCCUGGUGUUCCUGACCAAGUGCCUCAAGCACUACUGCUCCCCGCUCAGCUACCGCCAGGAGGCCUACUGGGCGCAAUACCGCACCAACGAGGACCAGCUGUUCCAGCGCACGGCCGAGGUGCACUCGCGGGUGCUGGCCGCCAACAACGUCCGCCGCUUCUUCGGCUUCGUGGCACUCGACAAGGAUGACGAGGAGCUGGUGGCCAAGUUCCCGGUAGAAGGCACGCAGCCGCGGCCGCAGUGGAACGCCAUCACCGGCGUCUACUUGUACCGCGAGAACCAGGGCCUGCCGCUCUACAGCCGCCUGCACAAGUGGGCCCAGGGUCUGGCCGGCAACGGCACGGCCCCUGACAGCGUGGAGAUGUCCCUGCUCCCCUCCUAAGGGCCUGCUCCCCAUGCUCUGUAGACGGCACAGACUCAGGCCCAGCCUGAGCCCCGGUGCCUGCUCACUUCAGGAUCAGAGGGGAUUUUUUCAACCAGUUUCCUGGGCAAACAGGCCAGGAGAAAGGGACACAAGGCCCCCUGGGAAGCUGACCGGGGGGCUCUUAGACCUGAAGAAAUCCCCUCCUGCUACCACCGGCCUACAAGGCCAAUGGUUCUGGAAAAAAGACCCCUUCCCAGGCCUGGUCUUUAACUGAUGGUGAUGUGGGUCACCCCUUCCUGGGACUCCACGCCACGUCCACCAGCCUGCAGAGCCAGUGGCAGGCCAGCCAGCAGCGGGCUCCAGCGUGGUGCAGCCCGCUUAUGCCACUUGCUCAGGGACGCCCGGCUCAGCAGGACCGCGCUGAGUGGCCCUCGGCGCACACCUCUGGCCUUUUUAUACUUCCACUUUCAUAAAGCUUUUCUUAC